CGCAAGAGCCGUGUUGAAUGCGAUAAAAAAAAAACAGCUGAUUAAAUGACGGUCUGGCAACGUGCACGGUUUUUCAGAUUGGUGAGGGCACUUACGGCACGGUGUUUAAGGGACGCAAUCGAGAUACUAUGGAAAUUGUGGCACUAAAAAGAGUACGCUUAGAUGAAGACGACGAGGGUGUGCCUAGUUCCGCGCUGAGAGAAAUAUGCUUACUAAAGGAACUAAAACACAAAAAUAUUGUUCGGCUCUGUGAUGUGUUGCACUCCGAUAAAAAAUUGACAUUGGUAUUUGAGCACUGCGAUCAGGAUCUGAAAAAAUACUUUGACAGCUUGAAUGGAGAAAUCGAUAUGGCCGUUUGCCGAAGCUUUAUGCUGCAACUGUUGCGCGGCUUAGCCUUCUGUCACAGUCAUAAUGUGCUACAUCGAGAUUUGAAACCACAAAAUUUGCUCAUCAACAAGAAUGGAGAAUUGAAGUUGGCUGACUUUGGUUUGGCUCGUGCAUUUGGUAUACCCGUCAAAUGCUACUCUGCGGAAGUGGUAACGCUUUGGUAUCGGCCACCAGAUGUGCUGUUCGGUGCCAAGCUCUAUACGACAAGCAUUGAUAUGUGGUCAGCGGGUUGUAUAUUAGCUGAAUUAGCUGAUGCAGGACGUCCGCUAUUUCCUGGUUCUGAUGUACUUGAUCAAUUGCUAAAAAUAUUCCGAGUGCUUGGCACACCAACUGAGGAAUCUUGGCCUGGUGUCUCGCAUCUUUCCGAUUACGUUGCGCUUCCAUCUUUUCCACCAAUUACGUCGUGGAGCCAACUGGUACCAAGACUGAAUACUAAGGGCCGUGAUUUACUUCAAAAACUCUUAGUUUGCCGUCCGAAUCAAAGAAUUAGUGCGGAAGCUGCAAUGCAGCAUCCGUUUUUCACAGACAGCUCCUCGUCGGGUCAUUAACGUGGCAAUCAAAGUUCACUUGUAGUUCUUACGACUGUUUCAAUAAUAUAAAUAUAAUAUAAUAUAUAAAUUGUAUGUAUAUUUUAGGAACGUAUUUUUAGUUAUACACAUUGUUUUUAUCCUCAAUUCAUUGCAGUUCUAUUAACAUAGUUUUUACCAAAUGCCAUCAGUUG